AUGACCCGCAACAACCUCGGGGAGCAUUUGGGCUGGCUGCUGAGCACCAUCAAGCGAUCACCACCUUCGGCGCCGCUCUUGCCCGCGGCCCCGGACUCGCUAGCCAAUGGGUCGUCUUUGGUUCCCCCGCCCACUGGGGCUCCGGCGGCUUUGCAGCCAGCCCAGGCCACAACGUCCCAGACGUUGAAUUCCGCUUCCUCAUCUGAUAACUCCACCACAUCUCACCCUCGUGCCACCACUGUCGUGGAUCAACCAACGCAUAUUUCAAAUCACAAGCCGGCAAUGCGUCAACCACGGGACGCUAACAAGAAAUCUUCAAGGGGGAGAGAACUAGAUCGCCUGUCGUCGAGCACCGCUCUGAAUCUCAACCGUCCGACCUCGAAUAGCACGAGGGAAGCUUCACCCGUCACACCACUCACCUUCGACACGACCAAAAUUGGUCCCCUUCAACGAGCAUACUCGGCGUCUCUUGCCCGCGAUUCACCUUCCACAACAUCUCGACCGUCAAAACAACAAGCGGUCACUACGUCAACUACCUCCAUCACAUCAAAUACCCGAUCAAACCGUCCCUCCACCUCCACAACGCACCGGAAAGCAGAGGGAUUCAUCGACAUUGACGAGGAUGACAUAUUUUCCGACCCGCUUGAUUUAACCGAAGUUGAAGGCCACGACAGAUCCAGCUCAAUCUUGGGUUUUGGGGAAGAAAAAAGAUUGUGGCGGGAAGGCUUUGCUGAGCGCCCGGAGCCUGCAUCUGAACGGGCCAAGCCGGCGAGUACGAAGGGAGCAGCCACGCCCAGGUCAAUCGCCAUGAAAACUAUAACGAUGGAGGCAGACGACGACGAGUACCCGGACAUCAACGAGCUGAUUCCGCCCUCGUCAAUUUCUAGAUUGGCUGUGGCCCCGCCUACGGGUCUGACCUCAGUCGCCGAGGGCAUAGGCGCGAGUUCACCAUGGGGUCCGAUCGAUACCCUCCCCGAGACCCCCGCAGGCCCUUCGAAUCUCCCAGUUUCGAACCGGAAGCGCAAAACACCUUCAUCCCCGACGCCGGCCCACGACGAACCCCGCAGCAGCGGUUCCUAUCUCCAAACCAACAAAAAGUCCAGAAGAACUAGAGACGAUGUUAUCCUAGAUUCGGACGGUGACGUUGUUGUUUCGUCUUCACCCCCGCACAACAAUUCCGAUGGUCCCAGCAAUGAGCUAGGUGACCACCAACCCAACAGGGCCCCCCGCGACGAGCCCGUAGAUGUCGAAAUGUCCUCUCCCGUGGAUGACAUUCCGACUGAAGCGCCGCUGGCAUCCGGCAGCAAUCCCGUCACCGCUGGACCCAAAAAGCAGGACUCCAGUGUGUCCAAUGACGCUUCGAAUGCCCCUCGUACCGAUUCAUCUUUACCCUCCCAUAAUGCCCCAGCCCAUACCAGCCAGGAUUCGGACCGGGGAGACUCGGAACUUUUGGCAUUAUUCCUGAAACAUCCAUCAGUGUUGGACGCCAAGACGGUGUCCCUCAAUGAGCAACUGCGCACAAAUAAGGAGGAAUAUACCGCGUGCCUUCGCAACAAUAAGUCGAAGGAGGAGCGGGAUCGAGUGCGAGGUGCUCGGAACGAGUUGACCCAGCAGAAAAAGAUGUUGGAUGCCAUCAAGGAUCAGCACGCGGAGUUGCAGAAGCUUAAUGACCAGCGGGAAGACUUGCUGAACGUGUUGGGCGAUGCGUACAUGGAGGACCUCGAUACAGAGGAGGACGAGGCCCGACUGGACGAGCUUUCCAAGAGCAUCACCACCAAAGAGGAUGCCCUAGUUGCGAGUCUCGUGUCUGUGGGGGUUGUUGAGGAUGAUUUUGAGAACCUCGACACAGCGGUGGUGCUCGGCACUCAGGCGGCGAACACAUUCGAGACGGGCAUCUCGGAUGGGGACUAUAGCUCGCAGGUUGUCCUCCAGACGCAGCGGGCGUUGCCUCCGCAGCACACCCAGGGAUUCAGCGGCACGACCUUGCUCAACGCACAGAGCGUACGCUCGGGGCCAUCGGUUUCGCUGGCCGCUGGAUCCUUCGCCGGCCCUGCUACGACCUCGGCCGGCCCAUCGUUCACCCAGGCCGCGCCGCGGUCAAUCGUUGAUAUGGCCAACCGAGAGGCGGCCAAGAACAGGCGGAACGUUUCGCCUGAUUUCUUCGACGACUUCAGUGACGAUGCCGAGAUGCUGGAAGCAGCUGAUAGCUUUGAGCAGCAGCACAAAGAACAGAUGCAACAAGAGCAGGAGCGCCAGCAGCUACGGCUGACGGACCUCUCCACGGGAAGCGCUCCCUCUUCGCUGCGGAAACGGGCGCCAGCCAAUAUGGGACCGCCACCGGCGCCCAAGGCGUCGAUCGACCCGGAUCUGAUGAAGCACCCGUGGUCAGCAGAUGUCCGUCGCGCGCUGAAGGACCGCUUUCGAAUGACUGGGUUUCGCACCAACCAGCUCGAGGCGAUUAACGCCACACUGGCGGGCAAGGACGUGUUUGUUCUGAUGCCCACAGGAGGGGGCAAGUCUCUGAUCUACCAGCUCCCCGCCGUCAUCAACUCGGGCACGACCAGCGGCCUCACGAUCGUCAUCUCGCCUUUGCGCAGCUUGAUGACAGAUCAGGUGGCUCAUCUUAAGAAGUUGAACAUCUCUGCCGCAAGCUACGACUCCAACAUGCCGGGCCCGGUCCGCACCCACAUUACCAAUCUCUUCAGCCACGAGACGCCGGAACACCACGUGCAGUUGAUCUACGUCACCCCGGAGAUGAUGGCCAGCAGCAACUUGGUCAGGGACGGGAUCCAGCAGCUGUACCGCAGGAGGAAGCUCGCGCGCAUUGUGGUGGAUGAGGCACAUUGUGUCAGCCACUGGGGCCACGAUUUCCGCCCCGACUACCAGGCCGUGGGCAGCAUCCGAGAGUUGGCGCCGGGGGUUCCCGUGCUGGCGCUGACGGCCACAGCAACCAGGGGGGUGAUCGCCGACGUCAAGCACAUCUUGCAGAUGGAGGACUGUGAGAUGUUUACGCAAAGCUUCAACCGCCCCAACCUGUACUACGAGAUCAUGCCCAGAGAGGCGCGCUUCAUGAACAGCAUCGGCAAUCUCAUUACCACCAAGCACUCCGGGCAAUCCGGCAUCGUCUACACACUCUCGCGCAAAGCAGCAGAAUGCACGGCCACGACGCUCGCCACAAAACACAACAUCAAGUGCCGGUCGUACCACGCCCAGAUGGACGCGGACAUCAAGGACGAGAUCCAAACGGAGUGGCAGGAGGGAAAGAUCCAGGUCGUCGUGGCCACAAUCGCCUUCGGCAUGGGCAUCGACAAAUCCAACGUGCGUUUCGUCAUCCACCAGAACAUGCCCAAGAGCCUGGAGAGCUACUACCAGGAAACGGGACGAGCCGGACGCGACGGGCAAUUCGCCAACUGUUACCUCUUCUUCUCGUGGGUCGACCUGCCCCUGCUGCGGCGGUUGGUGGUUAGCGAAAGAGACCGCAAGAAGACGCGCGAGCAAAAAGACCGGCAGCUGGCCAUGCUCAACCAGAUGGUCGACUACACCCAGGUCGUGCACGUGUGUCGUCGCGUGCAGGUGCUCCAGUACUUCAACGAAGACUUCGACCCGGCCGAAUGCGGCGAUAUGUGCGACAACUGCGCCAGCGGCACGUCCAAGGAGGACCCCCUGAUGGAGGACUUCACUCACUGCGCCGUCGCCAUUCUCGAGGCCGUCCGACACGAAGAGAAGAUCACCAUGGGCCGCCUUGUUGAGAUUGUGUCCGCGAGCAAAAAUGUCGGCCGCCAUGCGCAUAUCCCCGGGUUUGGCGUCGUCCGGGGCAUGAAGAGCAACGAGGUCCAACGCGUCAUCAUGGCCCUCUGCCACGAGAAUGCGCUCGGAGAGCGCCGCCGGCAUGCGCCCAGCAACCGGAUUCCCAUUACUGAUUUUGUGCUCGGGCCGAUCGCAAAUCAGUACCUGGACGAGAAUGGCGAGCGGCGCCUCCAGCUCGCCGUGCGGCAGAUCAAGAUCACCGCACCCCCCACCAAGCGGCGCGGCCGGGAGCCCCUGGCCAACAAGGUGGCCGCGGCCAAUGCCCGCAAGGAGGCCGCAGCCCGGAAGAACGGACCUCCGCCGUCCACCAACAUCUCGUCCCCCGUCGCUGCCCUGUCGAAGAAGCGGAAAGCCAAAUCCGGCCCCGCGACAUUGGCCGACGAAAGCAACGAGGAGCCGGACUUCCUGGGCUCCUCGGACGAGGAAGCCGAGAGCGACGACGCUUUCGACCCCCCGCGCGCCGCCCGCACCGCCCACGCCGCCCAACCCGCCCGACCCUCGCCAAUCUCCCGGUCCCGCCACCAGGUCGCGGCGGAACUGGGCCCGCCCAUCGCCCGCGACGCGCGUCUCGCCGCCGCCGGCCUCCAUGAGGUCCACCAGAGCCUCGUGGACCCCUUCGUCCAGAAGGCCCAGGAGCUGGACGAAGCGAUCCGCAACGCCAACGCGCUGCGGCGGCCGCUCUUCACGGAACAACAGUUCCGUGAGAUGAUCAUCCGGUGGGCGACCACGCCCGAUCAGAUCCUCACCAUCCCCGGCGUCGAGCCGAUGACUGCCGAGACCUUCGGCGAUAAGUUCGCCCGCUUGGUCUCCGACUUUCACGGUCGGUACCGGGAGAUGAUGGGGGGUUCGGUCGAGUCGGAGGGUCCUCCCUCUGCCGGAUGUGCCGCUGCUGCUGCCGCAGCCGUUGGUGUUGCUGUCUCUUCGGUCAGCUCCGGGGCCAACAAGUACAAGGGGAAGGGCAAGGCCACCGCCGCCGCCACCAACCAGCCCAUCGACCUCACUAGCGAUGGGUUCGAGGGCCUCUCCGACCUCGACGAUGAGGAUGCCGAGGAGUUGUUUGUGUCGUCUUCUCGCUUCUUCCCUGCUGCGUCUGCCUCUGGCGGCGGUUCUGGUCCCUCUGCGUCUGGGUCUGGGUCUGGUUCUGCACCAGCUUCGGGGCGCCACAACAAUUCUGGUCGUGCUGCUAAGGGCAGCAGUGGAAGCGGUGCUGGUUCCAAGGGGCCCGCGCCAAGGGGCAGUUCUGCUAAGCGCAGCAGCGGUUCCGGUUCUGGUUCCGGGGCUGGCGCUAAGAGCAACUUCCCUUGGCCGGGCCGGUCGGCUGAGGUGGUCAAGAAGCGGACCGGCGGUGGGGGUGGGGGUCGGAAGGGGGGUGGUUCUGCUGGGAAGGGCAGCGGUGGUGGUGGUAGGGAUCGUUCUGGGUCUCGGAGGAGUGGUGGAGGGGGUGGGGGGAGUAUCCCGGACAUGCCUUACUGA